AUGCACAUCUUCAUGAAGACCAUGACGGGCAAGACCAUCCCUCUUGAGUUUGAACCCAGUGAUACUAUCGAGAAUGUCAAAGUCAAAAUCCAGGACAAGGAAGGUAUCCCACCAGAUCAACAAUGUCUGAUUUUUGCUGAAAAACAGCUAGAAGAUGGCCGGACUCUUUCUGACUACAACAUCCAGAAAGAGUCCACUCUGAACCUGGUGCUGCGUCUGCGGGCUGGAAUCAUCGAGCUUUACCUUUGCCAGCUGACUCAGAAGUACAACUGUGACAAGAUGAUCUGCGGCAAGUGUUAUGCCCGCCUGCACCCCCGCGCUGUAAACUGCCUUAAGAAGUGA